GUUUGAUUUGUGGGCUUGCUUGGACGAACAAUUUUUUCAAAAAUUCCUACCUAAUGCCUACAUCUCUCUUGCUUGAGUUGACGGGAUUAGCUGCCAAUGGCACCCUAGCUGAUGCUCCAGAGAAAGUUAUCCCAAGUCUCACUUGGGUUAACGUGGCCUUUGCUUCUUCUUUUAUUCUUAUAAACGGUCUCAUUUCAAUUCUUCUUGGACUUCGUCUUGAGAAGUCAUUGAUAAUUUCUGCUAUUCGAUGUCUUAUUCAACUCACAAUCAUGGGUUACAUACUUGAGGAUGUUUUUAAAGCUCGACAUCCGGCCUUGGUUAUGUUGAUGACUUUUGUUCUUAUUAUCCUUGGUGCCUAUGAAACUGUGUACAACAAGUCCAAGCUAACUUACAAAGGCAUGUUUAUGUCAGUACUGGUGUCAACUGGCUUUUCUACCCUUUUUAUCGGAAUCAUUGGUGCAAAAUGGGCCAUGCGCCAAGAUCCGUUUUGGAUACCCGAGACAUUUAUUCCUACUAUGGGCAUGCUGCUGGGCAACAUGAUGAGCGGAAUGGCCGUUGCACUCAGUAGCUGCCUUUCGAGUCUCACAACCAACAAGGAACACAUGGAAACCUAUCUGGCUUGUGGAGCCAGUAGAUGGGAAGCAGGCCGUUCAAUUGCCAUAGAGGCCGUCAGACUGGCUAUGCUACCAACCAUCAAUCAAAUGUCCGUUAUCGGACUUAUUUCAAUCCCAGGCAUGAUGACUGGUCAGAUUCUUGGUGGUGCAUCUGUCAUGAAUGCCGUCCGUUACCAACAAAUCAUCAUGUUCCUGAUAUCUGCCAGUACCGCACUAGGUGUUCUUAGCGCUGUUGUUGCUUGCAUUCGGGUGAUAAUUGACAGCCGUCACAGAUUACGACCUGAACGUAUUGAGGAAGGACGGGCUAGUUUGUUCCAGGACAUCAAGGGCCUGUUUGUAGGUGGGUGGCACAUGCUAGGCAAGGUCUUGUGCUGCAAGAGAAGAAAACAAGAAUACAAAAAGGUAGAAGACAACGACGAAGAGGAUGACCAAUCUCAACGAAGACCUCUCCUGCGUUAA